AUGCCAAAGGUCGUCUUUGAAGGAAGUACACAGGCUAGAAGAGCACAGGAUAGGCAGAAGUUAGGCAGUUUGAAGCAGCUGACCGUGCAACCCUCCACACGAUUGCGAUAUGAGAAAGCCCUGAACAAAUUUCUCUCCUUCCUCAAGGCCGAAGGCCUGAGGCUUCCGAGUAGGCGUGAGCAGCUAGAUACUCUAGUCAUGGAGUACAUAGAACAUCUCUGGCUCUCGGGGGAAGGGCGUGGACUGGCCGCCGAUACCUUAGCAUCUUUGCAAGACUAUGAUGCCAAAUUGCGGGGGCAUCUCCCUGGUGCUUGGCGUUUAGUGAAAACGUGGGUUACCCAUGAACUGCCAAACCGAGCACCGCCCGUGCCGGAAUUGGUCUUGCAAAGCAUGGUCGGAUGGAGCCUGUACAAUGGCCAUUUUGCCUUUGCCACGAGUUUGUUGCUCUGCUUUUACAGAAUUUUAAGAACGGGUGAGUUGUUGGACGUAAACCGUAGCCGAAUCGAGAUUUCAGCAAAGCUCCGCACAGCAGUGGUGUCCCUGAAGUUGACCAAGGACAACGACAGCGCAUACGAAGACGACGAACCUGAAGCAACAACCGAGAUUGAAGUCAUGGAUGUGGUGGACUACACCAACGUGACGCUGAACUCGAGUGUGAACCGCAGUGGUCGUUGA